GCGCAUACACUGUGUGAUUCGGGAGCGAGCUUGGGGAUAACGUGGUGAGGAGACACAGGAGAAGGCGUCUUUUUCAAAGGGUUAACCAUGGUGAACGCAAACGGCGUCGACAGCGCCAGCUGCAGCAGCACAGACAACUCCAAGGAGAGCUCCCGAUGUUCCACGCCGGUGCUCGACCUAGAACGGCAUGAACGGCUCCGCGAUAAAAUGCGCCGGCGCGUCGAUUCCGGGGAUAAAUGGUUCUCGCUGGAAUUCUUCCCGCCGCGCACGGCAAGCGGAGCCGUCAACCUGAUAUCCAGGUUUGACCGGAUGGGCUCCGGUGGCCCCCUCUUCAUUGACGUGACCUGGCAUCCAGCCGGGGACCCCGGCUCCAAUAAAGAGACCUCCUCCAUGAUCAUCGCAAACACGGCGGUCAACUUCUGCGGCCUGGAGACUGUUUUGCACAUGACCUGCUGCCAACAGACCAAGGAGCAGAUCACCCAACACCUCCAACGGGCCAAGCAUCUGGGGCUGAAAAAUAUAAUGGCGCUCAGGGGGGACCCCAUCGGAGAAGAGUGGGAAGAGGAAGCCGAGGGCUUUAACUACGCCGUCGACCUCGUCAAGCAUAUCCGCCAGGAGUUCGACGAUUACUUUGAUAUCUGCGUUGCCGGUUACCCCAAGGGCCACCCCGAGGCAGAAAGCUAUGAGCGCGAUCUGAAGCACCUCAAGGAGAAAGUAGACGCCGGCGCGGACUUCAUCGUCACCCAGCUUUUCUUUCGCUCGGAAACCUUCCUGAAGUUUUAUAAGGACUGCCAGGAAAUCGGAAUCACCUGUCCCAUUUUACCCGGAAUCUUUCCCAUUCAGGGCUAUUGCUCCUUGCGCCAGUUGGUGAAGCUCUCCAAACUAGAGGUACCCCAAGAAAUUAAAGAUGUGAUCGAGCCCAUAAAGGAUAACGAUGCAGCCAUUCGGAACUACGGCAUUGACCUGGCCGUGUCCAUGUGUCGGGAGCUGCUGGACAGCGGGCUGGUCCAUGGAUUGCAUUUCUACACGCUCAACCGGGAAGUGGCCACUAUUGCUGUGUUAAAGCGCCUUGGAAUGUGGACAGAAGAUCCUAGACGACCCUUGCCUUGGGCAGUCAGCGCCCAUCCAAAGCGGAGAGUCGAGGACGUCCGGCCGAUCUUCUGGGCGACGAGACCAAAGAGCUACAUUUACAGAACGCAGGAAUGGGAUGAGUUUCCUAACGGUCGUUGGGGGAAUUCCUCUUCUCCGGCCUUUGGGGAUCUGAAGGAUUAUUAUCUCUUCUAUCUGAAGAGCAAAUCCACGAGAGAGGUGCUGCUAAAAAUGUGGGGAGAGGAGCUGGUCAGCGAAGAGAGUGUUUUUGAAGUCUUCACCACUUAUAUAUCUGGAGAACCCAAUCGCAACGGGCACAGAGUGACGUGUCUGCCCUGGAAUGAUGACCCUCUUGCCCCGGAAACCAAUCUCCUGAAAGAAGAGCUACAGAAAGUCAACAAAAGGGGGAUUCUGACGAUUAACUCGCAGCCCAACGUCAACGGGAAGCCCUCAACAGACCCAAUAGUCGGCUGGGGUCCGAGUAGAGGAUACGUCUUUCAGAAGGCUUAUCUGGAGUUUUUCACAUCCAGUGAAAUGGUCUCGGCUCUCAUCAAAGUGCUGAAGCGAUACGAACCCCGCGUGAACUAUCAUAUUGUAAACGUCCAAGGUAAAAACAUCACCAACUCGCCUGAUUUGCAGCCAAACGCUGUGACGUGGGGCAUCUUUCCCGGCCGUGAAAUCAUUCAGCCUACGGUGGUGGAUCCGGUUAGCUUCAUGUACUGGAAGGAUGAAGCCUUCGCGCUGUGGAUAGAGCAGUGGGCCAAGCUGUACGAAGAGGAGUCUCCGUCCCGAAUGAUCAUUCAGUAUAUUCACGACAACUAUUACUUGGUCAAUCUGGUGGACAAUGACUUCCCCCUGGAGAACUGCUUGUGGCAAGUUAUCGAGGACACGUUCAAAGAGCACGAUAACCCCACAGAAGAGUGAUUACCACCUCUGCCGGCACGUCUACUACCUCGUGUGAAAACAGAAGCGGAGCACCCAGCGAGGGGUUAAAUCCGCUCAGCGACUUCCAUGUAAAGACGUUUAUCUCCUACGCACCUUUUUAAUGUUGGGACUCGGUUCGGAAGAACAUUAACCCCGCAUGUAUCUUCUGGGAUACGACUUAGGAAAUCAGGUCAUUAUAGCCCAAAAUACCCUCCUGCCUAUCGUGAGCCACAGGAGAGCCUCGGCUGGCCCAAUCUCAAAUAUUAAGCGGUGAGAGUUUGGCACCGGAUGGCUGCUGCGCAGGCACUCCGGUUACUUUACAGAGUUCCUCAACCGGCGGUAUUUGAGAUUAACGCUACGGCUGCCUCGGCGUAAUUUAGUUCUAAGGAAUUCAUACCGUGAACCUUUAGUGUAUUCAAAAAAUAUUAUUAUACGUUUCUAAGAUGCAGCAAAUUAGAAAAAAAUAUAUAAAAAAAAUAAUAGGAAGCUGACCAUAUGAAGGGUUAAUCGGGGUCUUGCAGUAAAGGUUACACUUUAAGGAAAAAAAAACCCUUUGGGUUAUAAAGGCACAAGAAAUGAACACUUUUAAUAAAAGAUGUCAUUUUUAACA